AACCAAUCACGGCUGUGUUCGCGGGUCACAUGAUACCCUCGUCCUACGUCAUUUUCUUGCGACUGCGUCUGACAGAUAGCUCCAUGUGAACAGCUUUCGCCAAAGUUAUCCCUAUUAACCGGUUUGGUGGGAUUGUUUUAGUGGUGAUGCCAGCUGUUCAACAGUGAGAAACCUUCUCUCUCCUCUCCUUCCUGCCUCAUCUCUCAGACCCAAUGGCAAGCCGCCUCUUGGGCAGGUAUGCCCAUCUGCUCUGCAGGGCCUCCUCCCACAACCAAGCUAUUGCUGCUACUGCUGCCCGCCUGCCUCCACUUGUGCGUGGACCUGCAGAAGUUCAGAAGGCUCAUGGCUGGCCACGGGUCACAGAAAGGUUCAUGAGUGAGGGAAGGGCAAUUGCCAAUGAUGUCAAGGCGGACGUGAAUCCACGCAUCACGCUACAUGACUUUAUGGAAAAGGCAACAGAGCCAGAUGACAUCCUGGCAGCCUGGGUAGAGCAUGGGAAGGAUGGUAAUGAUGCUGCUCGGGCCCUGUACAGUUGGACUCAAUCUGUGAUGAGGACGAAGGGCAAGUUUGAGGAACAAGAUCUGAUGAAGGAUUCAAGGCUAAAGGAUUUGUUUGAUGCCCUGUCUAAUCAGGUGACAUCAGUCUUCAAUGCCAAUCUAGUCUCCGUCCAGCAAUCUCUCUGGUUUAUGGAUUUGCCUCCUAGUAAUUUUGUACUCCAAAAUGUCCAGACUGAAGUGCUGUGGCGAAUCCGCAAGCUAACAUACAAGCAGCUGAGCACACUGGCAAUUUGGGGAGGAGGAAGGAAGGGACGUCAGAAUGUGACAAUAGUGAAUGCUGCAUUAAAACAGCUGGAAAUGCGGUGGACUGAAAUCUCUGAUACGAAAACUGUCAGUGCUCUGAUGUACAAUGGACAACACAUGUCACAGAAUUUGAUAAGCAAACUUGAAGACAAGGCUUUGGAGCUGGCAGAGAGCUUUUCUGCAGAAGAGAUUCGCAAAGUCUGUACAGCUUUGGCAGCUCAGAGCCGCAGAACUGUUCCGCUGCUCAGAGCUUUAACUUACCACCUCCUCCAGAAGCCGCCAUCAAACUUCACGACUCAGCUGAUAGUGGACAUGGCUUAUGCGUGCGGGAAAUUGAAAUUCAACCAGACUGAGUUAAUUCAGCGAAUGUCAUCAGAGUUGAUACCCAGAGUCCCUGAGCUCAUUCCUCGUCAGGUCAUAGGCUGUGCUAAGUCACUGGGCUUCCUCAGAUGGCUCCACGUCCCUCUCUUUGAGGCUUUUGCUGAGCACUUCACAAAAAAUAAUUACAGUACCCCCGAGCUCUGUAACCUGCUCAUGACUUAUGCCAGACUGAACUUCAAGCCCAGCAACGCAGAAGAGUUCUACAACAAGGUUCAUUCUAUGCUGGGGAACUCUCUAUCCGGCCUGGAGCCCUUCCUGCAGACAGAUGUGGUCUGGUCUCUGUGUGUGCUGCAGCAGGCCAAGCCCCAAUACCUCGUCCCCCUCAUGACACAGAGUCACAUUAAACAACUGUCAAAUGGCAGCCCAGCUCGAGAGCACAGCUUUAACCUGAAGCUCCUCCACAUCGCUGCGACUCUCCACUUAGAGCAUCCUGGUUCCUCAGAUGCUCCGUUACCUCCAGGAGGCCUGUCUCUCACCACCAACAGCAACAUGCUCAGCCCUCUGCAGAGCAGCCUCAGAGGGGCUUUGAUGAGUUUGGUGGGUGGGAGGACAGAGGCCCUUCGCACUGGGGUUGACACUGUUUAUGGAUGGACUAUUGAAGGUGAGCUGGUUUUGGAUUGUGACAACAAACCAGUGGACCUGUCGAUGCUGACAGCUCCUCAUAUUCCAAGUUGGGGAGGAAACCAGGAUUUACCUGCAGGGACUCACCGGCUUGCAUUCUUGGCUUGGGAGUUCCAAAACUUUGCCUCAAAGAAUAGAGACCUUCUGGGACGGCCUGCCAUGAUGAAGCGACAUUUCCAGUUGGCUGGCUUCAUCGUAGUGGAGGUGCCGUAUUAUGAUUCGCUGGAGCUGAAGACAGACGUGCAGAAGUUGGCCUACCUGAAGGAUAAAAUCGGGAAGGCCAUGGCGGAGAACAUGGCCAAGUGAACCCAUCAGUCUUGAGCAAAUUUGCAGACUCAGCCAAAUCAGAGCUUUCCCAACCAAACAGGACCGCAGGGAAUACACGCCCACGUUCACACUCAGAGUGGAGCAGCAUUGCAGAAAAAGCUCUAUCAUACUUUUUCAGGAAAAAAAAAAAAAAGUCAUAUUUUUACUCUGGUUCCCUUGGCAACGUGUGGGGUUUUCCCUGUUUCCAUGGUGAUGACGAGCGAGAAUUUUGGAGCCAGAAAGAGACAGAAAUAAACACAACAACAGCGAGCUGUAGAAAUGAUAUGAUAAACGACGAAGUCUCUGCAUCUGCAAGUCGCUAGGCAAAACAGAACUUGUGGCUUUAAGUGUUCAGCUUAAAAUCAGCUUGUGAAUAACUUAAUUAUCUCUGUGAAUGUGUGUCAUCUAAUGGUGGAAUAAAUUGAAUUAUUUCCAUUUUA